AUGUCGUACAGAAUAGACUUCGAAGGCAGCUCUGAGAUAGGUGCAUACAUGGCACUCACGAACACAUACUGUGUUGUUGGAAGGAGCCAGUCGAACAACAUGCUCAAGUUCCUCCAGGAGAACGUUUCGAUUCCAAUUGUUGAGACAACCAUUAACAGCAUCCGGAGCGUCGGGUCGCAGUGCAGAGGAAACAAGCACGGACUGCUUGUUCCACACACGAUAACAGACCAAGAGAUCAUGCAUAUAAGAAACACCUUGCCGGAGAAUGUCGUGGUAAGGCGAAUUGAAGAGAGACUUAAUGCUUUAGGAAAUGUGAUUCUUUGCAAUGACCAUGUUGCAAUUAUACAUGCAGACCUCGAUGGGGAGUCUGAGGAUCUCAUCAAAGAUGUCCUGCAGGUUCCUGUAUACAGGCAUAACAUAGGGCAUGAGCCACUUGUUGGAACCUUUGGAGCAUUGAACAACCAAGGGAUGCUAGUCCAUCCCUUCACCAGCCAGGAGUGCCAAAAGGAGCUUAGUGAGCUUCUUGAGGUGAACGUGAUUGCAGGGACGGUCAAUGGAGGGAGCUCGUGCAUUGGGGGUGGUGUUGUUGCGAAUGAUUGGAUGUGCAUUGCCGGUGCGAAGACUACCAAUGUGGAGAUGACGGUGAUCGAAAGUGUGUUUGACCUCAGUGGAGAUCAAGAUCUGGAAGCUCGGCGAAGAGCCAUAGUGGACACCAUCGUCAGAUGA